AUGAGGAAACGAAGAACUAAGAAUCAGUGCAAGAUUUUGGCGCAACAUCAAACAACGAAUGCAUCUGUAAACAGUCAUCAAAAGUCAACCUCAACCUCAAGUCCAAGUUCAAACUCAGGCUCAAGCUCAAGUGAAAAUACAAAUCUAGACCUUGUAUUAGACCCAUCAGACACACACGCAUCCGACUACGACUCAUCUUCCGAAGAUCUUAUACCUAUUAUUCGUUCUCAGCCUCGACCUUGGUCCAAAUCAUCUUCUUUGGCAAGAUUGGUGAAUUCUUCACCUUGGCCAUUGGAUCAGUUACUCAGAGGUAGCUUAUGGAUUCUGCAUCAAUUCUAUCUGGAAUUGUCAAGUAUGGCAAUCGGAUUAUCGAGUUGGUGGGGAGGAGGUGAAAGUAGUUUAUCAACAAAGGUCGAAUUGAUGCCACUUGACAAAGAGAAGAAGGUCAAAAGAAGAAGAAGAAAAGUUGAGAAUGACCAUAUCUACAAAACAGAUUCAAACAAUCAUUUCCCAGGAAUGGUAAAUCUUUCCGGGACAUUGUGUUACAUGAACUCAGUGCUUCAAGCGUUUGCGUCGAUCACAUCACUGGUCAAUUAUUUAGAUAAAAUACUAGAAUUGGCUGUUGAGAGUGAUACUCCUACUCCUGUAACCGAUGCUUUAUUGGACGUGAUACAGGAGCUCAAUACUCCACAUCCCAGUUCCCCACCAGCUCUUCGUCCACAUAACCUUCUGAUCGCAUUACAUCCUCUUCCUCAAAUUCGGCGUCUACUUUCUACUAGAGAACAGCAAGAUGCCCAUGAAUUAUUCAUUGUUUUAGCAGAAGCAAUAUCAGAUGAAGCUGUAAAAGUUGCUGGUGAGAUAGCGAAGAUACGUGGAUUAGGUGAAAUCUUAUCCCUUCAAAAAUACACCAAUGCGAAGAGAACAAUGGGUGGAAGAGCUGAUCUUGAAGGAGCUCAGAAACGAAAGAAAAUCAGAGGCGUAGCGCAACCUUGGGAAGGUCUGAUGGCUAGAAGGAGGGUUUGUCAGAAAUGCGGUUCAAGUGGAGAAGUCAGAAUGGAUCUUGUCGGUGGAAUGGAGUUAGCGAUUCCUUUGCAUGGCGAUGUGACACUCGACUCGUGUAUAGCUGAAUACCUGUCCCCCGAGUACCUCUCUGAUGUCACUUGCGAAGCGUGCUCCUUACGGUUUACACUAUCGUACUACAAAUCGGAAGUCGAACGGCUUUCAUCUGCACCUAACGCUUCAACCGCGAAACCCAAAUUAGAGGAUAAUCCUCCUACAGCGCUAGGAUCAUUCUCAGCUCUGGAUGGUUUAUCAACGCUGUCUUCAUCAUCAGAUGAUAAAAUGACGAAUUCUCGUAGGAAACGUGCCCGAGACGCCAGAAGAGUCGAAAACAGAUUACAAGAAAUGCUAGAUUCUGAUUCGAUAACGAAUUUUGGCGAAUCAUUUAUACCUCCAGCCGAUGGUUCAGCAGGAACAACGCCAAUACCGAUUAAGUGGCAAACGGUAAGAACGAACUCAAUUAGACAAAGUAGACUUACUCGUCCACCACAAUCAUUAAGAUUAUUGUUCAUUAGAUCUGAGUUUACACCUUACGGGGCUGUACUGAAGAAAACUGCCAGGGUCAACUUCCCGAUGAUAUUAGAUUUAACAAGAUUCGUUUCUGAUGGAAUAUGGGAGGAAAAUCCUGAUCUCAAGAAAAUGAUGAUAUCAAAUGGACUCACAAAUAAUCACAUGAAUGGGGAUAUACCGACGUCUCAGUCAUUAUCCAAUCGAAAACGGAUAUUAUAUAAAUUAGAAUCUGCUAUAUUACACUAUGGGUAUACUCAUUCAUCAGGACAUUUCAUCUGUCUAAGAAGAAAGCCUUCUCCUCCUUCCAUUAAGAGUGGAAAUGAGACAGGAUACAGGCCGAGAACUAUAAACAAAUCCUGUCAAGAUGGAUGUCGAUGCGAGUCAUGUUUAUAUUUCGGACCAGUUAGAGAUGGUAUAGAAAAUAAUCAACCUGGUAAAGGCUGGUUGAGAAUUAGCGAUGCGGAUGUCGAGGAAGUAGGCGAAGAAGCUUUGUUAGAAAGCAGAGGUGCUGUGUUCAUGCUGUUCUAUGAGAAAGUUGGAGAAUGCCAAGGAUCUACUUCUAUACCUCUACAAGAGGGUAUCAGUGGCAGUGAUUUGAGAUCGGAAGGAGAUGGGAACGUGAAGCUCAAUAAUGCUUCUCAAGUCAUAUAG